AUGGACACUCAAAGAAGCACUCGCGCAAUAGAUAACGACCUGUACCAUCUACACACUGAUAUUCAGCUACGGGAUGUUGAGAAUAAUAUUGACAUGAGCUUGGACGAGAAGGAGCAGCUGAAGGCUAUACUGAUCUCCAUUAAAGAAAUUGAUGGGAAUAUCUCGUAUCCUAUCUUCCAAGAGAUAUUUCAAAAUUCUAUGGGAUAUAGAACCGCAAAUGACCAAGAGCAAUUGCUGGCGUAUAUGCACUCAAGUGAACAGGAGGUCCUUGAUACAGCUAUCACCGAAAGCGUCACUGUGGUCCCAGAGAGCCAUCAAGCAGAUGCAUCGACGACUGGCCAAAGAUUAAGCAAUGAAAGUUCCCUCAGAAUUACUACAAUCCACCCAUUAGCGACCAAAAGCCAGGCUACAGACAUUAAAAGCCACCUAGCGAGUGAUGAAAACCACUUGAGAAAUAUUGAAUGUCACUCACCAAGCACUGGAAACUACAACGAAAGCGUCGAGAAUCACGCUGCAAUGGAUUCGGCUCUAUCAGCAGUAAAUGACAUACAAGCCCCUCAACCAAAAAAGGAUCGUAGAAGGACUGAAAAGUAUACAACCACCAUCACCUUACUUGCAAGCUUGAAAGGAACCUGUUUCACUAAAAAGCCUCUUCAACAGAUUUUAUUACCCAAACCAAUCACAGAGAUGCAACUCAUCAAGGCUUAUCCUCAACGAGGCAAUACGAUAUUCCGUAUGAGAAUGGAGGCUAUCAACGAACCAAAAUCAGCCGAGGAAAAAGCUUUUCUGGACACCUUUGAUGUACAAGAUGUGAUGCAAGUUUACAGGAAGCCUUUGAAUGAGUUUAUUGGUUUAGUAGCCAGUGGAUAUCAAUCACAUCUCAACAAAUGCCGACAGAUGCUGCAUGCUUAUCAAAUUGGAAAGAUUACAGAGCAACUUUUGCGUGAAUCAUCCCAUAAAGACAAGGAGCAGUUGGAAAAAAGUUUGUUUCAUCAUUUGAAAGCCGCAUUUAGCAAGAACAGUCUCUAUUAUCAUCAAUUUAUUGGCCUUUGUGUCAAUUCUAUGUAUCUCGUGGAGCAUGUUGGAGUGCACGUUUUGUUUGUGCCUGAAGUCGUUUCGCCAGCUAUACUUAGAGGGAUGGAUGCACAGAGCUUAAUGUCACUGGCAAAAUACCUAGCAGACGAAUGGCCUCCUCAGUUUAGAAAGAUAGGACGUUUGACUUGUUAUGGCGAAGUAGUCGUAUCAAGAGGUCAUACCGAUGAUUCAAUUGUUGAGAGUGAGGAGACUUAUCCAGGACACUUUUUAAGUAGUUUUUAA